AUGCCACAAGCUGCUGGCGGGAAGAGACGGGGCUCCGAGCCGCCGAGCAGCCGCGGCUCGUCGCCGGACAGCGACCGCUCGCAUGCCGACGACCACGAUCGCGACCGCAGCGAGAGCCAUCCCGGCGACGAACGGGGUGACAACCCACCGCGAAAGCGCCAGCGGGUGCGUCUGUCGUGCCUCGAAUGUCGACGCCGCAAGCUCUCCUGCGACCGCGGCUUCCCCUGCGAACGCUGCAUCAAGUCCGGUACGCCCGAGCGAUGCACCUACGAGACCCGCCCCGGCCUUGCACCACCCGCCAAGAACGGCCUGUCGCAAGGCGCCCUCGCCAACUUUGAAUCACGCAUCUCUGCGUUGGCCGGCGGUUUGGGAGGCGGCCCCGGCGGGCAUGGCGGCAGCGGUGGCAUUAACAGCAUAGGAGGCGGCGGAGUCGGCGGCAGCUACAUGUCGGACACCGGUAUUGUCCCUCCCUACCGCCGUGACUCGCACCGCUCAGGCUCCGGCCCGUCGUCGCUCGUAGAUGGCGAGCGCAUGCGCCGCCUUGAGCUCGAGGUUGCCCAGCUGAAGCAGCUGCUCGCAUCUGCCGCCGGCGCCGCCAACAACGGCAACAACAAGCUGCUCCUGGCACCUUCGGACGGGAGUGCUACGUUGCACGACGACGACUCGCCGCAGGACAAGGAGGGCGGCCGGGGCGCGCCUUCGCCGCCCACAAACUUUGUUGAGACCAUUUAUGGCUCCGGCGGUGCGGCCGCCAUGCGGGUCGGCGACGAGCUGCGCUUCUUCCGCGGCAAGGAGUUCAAGACGCGCUACUUUGGCCCGCACAACGCGUGCAUGGCGUUUAGCGAGCUGACGGGCCUGUGCCCCUUCAUGAAGGAGACCGCCGAGGAGUGGCUGCGCCCGCUGCACGUCCACCACCACCACGGCAAGGACCGCCUGAAGCGCAAGCAAGACCGCGAGGCGCGCUUCUUGAAGCCCGACCCCGAGCUCGAAGCCCUGCUGCCGGAGCGCACGGAAAUGGACGUGCUCGUCAAUAUUUAUUUGGACCAGUUCGAGCAGGUCCACCGCAUCGUGCACAUCCCCAGUUUCAAGCGCGACUACGCUCUGUUCUGGGAGCCCGGCCACGCGCGCACACCCGCCUUUACGGCGCUGCUGCUGUCCGUGAUGUCCAUCUCGAGCUGUCUGCGCGGCAACCCGACCGGCAAGUUUGUCGGCAUGGUCUCGCAGUCGCACCACAUGGCCGAGAAGUGGAUCAACACCUGCGACGCCUGGAACCAGCGCCAGAGCCAGAAGCACCGCAAGCUCGUCCACUACCAGAUCGCCUGCCUCCUCUACCUGGCGAAGCGCGUCAACACCGUGAAGAAGAAGCGAUUCUGGAAGUCGUCUGGCGCCCUCACACAAGACGCGGUGUCCGUCGGCCUGCACCGCGAGCCCAGCCACAUCCACGACUCCGUGUCCGUCUACAACCAAGAGAUGCGCCGCCGCAUCUGGGCCACCAUCCAGGAGUUUGACAUGCAGGCGGCCUUUGACCACGGCCUGCCCACGCUGCUGAGCGCCUUGCGCUUCGACGUCCACCCGCCACGCAACCUCGCCGACGAGGACUUUGACGAAGACACCACCGAGCUGCCCCAGUCGCGCCCCACCGACGAGUACACCUUUUCGUCCUACCAGCACCUGAGCCGCCAGAGCCUGCCGCUGCGUCUGCAGCUGAGCCGCGUGCUGACGGGACCGCCCGACGACUUGGACUACGACCAGGUCAUCCGCUACACCAACGACAUUACCCAGGAAAUCGACGCGCUGCCGUCGUGGGAUGUGCGUGCGAUCGCGGCGGCCAGCGAGAAUGAGGCGAACGACGGCAAUGGAAAGGGAAAUGGCAACGGCAGCGGCCACGGCAACGGAAGCACGGCCAAGCUGACGCCCCUGCUGGCCUACACCCUGCUGCAUAUCCAGCUGCGCCAGUACAUCAUUCCGCUGCACCAGCCCUACCUUAAGCUGCGCAAGACCAACUCCAAGUACCAGUACUCGGAAAUCAUCUACUACAAUGCGGCGCGCGACAUGGUCCUGUUGCACGACAAGCUCGCCGAACAGGGCGUGCGCACGCUCAACUUUUUGCGCGAAGACGCCCUGACCCUGUCCAUCAACCUGUGCAGUGUCACCAUGCUGCAGUCGCGCGGCUCCACCAACAUGAUCAUGGUCAACUCGCAGCACACCAAGAAGCUGCUCGAAAAGUGCCUGGCGAUGAAGGAAGACCGCGUCCUGCGCUGUGGCAACAACGAGCCCUGGGGCUAUUCGAUCAUGUGUGCCGCCACCGGUUUGCUGGAGGCGCAUCUGGGUGACAAGACGCCCGAAGCCGCCAAGGCCUCGUCGGCCGAGCGCUUUGUGAACCUGCACUACAAGCUGCUGGCGCGGCAAGAACAGCCGCAGACGACGAAUAGAGACGGUGUGCAAGGCCAGCAGGGCCAGCAAGGCCAGCAGGACCAGCAAGGCCAGCAGGACGCCAAGGAUCCGCAGGAGGACCAGACCCCGCGGCAGGCUCUUCUUCAACCGCAGCAGCAGCCGCAGCAGCCUGCCCAAGCCGAGCAACAACAACAACUCUCGCAACAGCCAUCAUUGCCAUCACCACAGCAGCAGCGGAAAAUGCCGCCGCCCCAUAUCCAGCAAGCACAGGCCAUGCGGCAACAGCAAAUGACUCCAGCAGCAGCAGCAGCAGCAGCAGCAAUCGACACCACCACCGCCGCACUCCAACAGCGCCAAUGGUGUGUCGGAUCUCGCAAAGGUACGUCGAGCGCCCCCAACGUCGCCGCCGCCACCAUUCACUUUCUCUGGAGACCAGCUUGCUAA